AUGUACGGUUUCCUGCAGUCGUCGUUGAUCUCACUCCUCAAGCAGUAUCCCGACUUUGAGGAGCGCAUGCGCCAGAUCAAAGACAGCCUGGGCUAUGAAGGCAACCUCGAUGACUUUUUCCUCCACUACGAUGACACCACCUCCUUUUCCUUUCUUGGCAAAGUCGCUGAGUCAUUGGGCAUGUCCCAGGAAGAGUGUUUGUCCAAGUCGGGCGAGCUCGCCCUCGAUACCUUCAUCUCCAACGGCUACAUGCCCAUCCUUCAGACCAUGGGUCAUGACUUUUUCACUUUUAUCAACAGCCUCGAUGCCAUGCACGACAACUUUUUGGCCGCCUUUCCCAAGAUGAAGAUGCCUUCUUUCCGACCCCGUCGCAACGAUGACGGCACAAUGACCAUUCACUACUAUUCCCGCCGCAAAUUUCUUGCGCCCUACGCCAUGAGCAUGAUCAAGGGUGUGGCCAAGGCCCUUUUUGACCUCGACAUCCAGAUCGAGCACAGCAUCAAAAAGGGGUACAACCGUGCCGAUCACGAUGAGUUUCUCAUUACCGCCGGCCCGGAACUCUUCCCCCCAGAGGCCGAGGAAGACGCUGAGGACAUUGCCAGCAACACCACGGUCUCCAUGGAUAGUGCUGCCAUUGACCGGCUCUUCCCCUGGCAUUUUGCCUUUGAUGAGGAGCUCAAAAUUGUGAGCAUCGGCUCCCAGCUUCGCCGCCAUCUCAACGCCAACCCCAUCGGCUCAAAGCUUGCUGACAUCAUGGCCAUCCAGCGCCCCUUGGAGGCCAAAUACCGCUACGACGACUUUCAACAGCGAUCUGGCAACCCAUACCAAUUGGCCCUGCAUCGCGACGCUCAAGCUGACAUCCAAAUCGCCUCCCACUACGCUGCUACAGAUGACAACAGCGAUGCCUGCAGCGUGGCAGCCAGUGAGCUCUCAAAUGUAGGCUGCCCUUUCAGUGGUGGCCGCCGACGCAGCGAUGAGUCUGCCAUCAGCUCUAUUGAUCGCAUGCAAGCCCUCCGCAACAUGCCCCAGCGCAUCAUCCAGCUGCACGGCGAGUUUGUGGCCCUGCAAGAGGGUCAGCUCUUCUUUGCAGGCGCGCCUCUUUUGCGUGACGUCAAGCAACUCGAUGCCCAAGGCAUCACCAUGAGUGACUUGCCCGUCCACAGCCACGCCAGCGAGAUCCUCUACGCCUCGAUGUUUCAGGCCAUGUCCGCCAAGCGUGCCAACAAGGCCGACAAGGAGCUUCUCAUGCUCAACAACAACCGCGACGAAGUUCGCCGCCAGCAGGAGAUUACGGCCAAUCUCCUCCACAGCAUUCUUCCACCCCGCAUUGCCGAUGCUCUUACCAAGGGUGAGACACCGCCGGCCGAGACGUUCCCGGCCACCACCAUCCUUUUCAGCGACAUUGUUGGCUUUACAAGCAUCUCCGGCUCUGUGCCACCCGAAGAGGUCAUGGCCAUGCUCAAUGAGCUCUUUGCCAAGUUCGACGACUUGACUCGCCUACACGGCGUGUACAAGGUUGAGACGGUGGGGGAUGCCUACGUUGUCAGCUGUGGUGCCCCAGAUCCCUGUGACAACCACGCCGAGCGCAUGUGCAACUUUGCCAUUGACAUGGUGCGCGUCGCCAGCUCGGUGAUCUCGCCCCUCGACGGCGAACCACUCAAGAUUCGAUGUGGUCUGCACAGCGGCACCGUCAUGACGGGCUGCGUCGGCAACAUGGAGUGCAAGCCUCGCUACUGUCUCUUUGGAGAUACAGUCAACGUGGCCAGUCGCAUGGAGUCGACUGGUCUGCCUGCUUCGAUCCAAAUCAGCUACCGCGUCAUUCGUGCGCUGCCCGAUGCAUCCCAGUAUAACAUCAUCACCCGUGGUCGCAUCGCCAUCAAGGGCAAGGGUACCAUGAAGACAUUUUUGCUCUUGGGCCAUGCUGACUCUCUUGACCCACCUCUUUACCCCAAGCUCUCCAGCAACGAGCGGGAGGAGGAAGUCUGGAACCGCAACGGCAACAAGGAGCCAGUAGAUGAUGACAGCGACUCAGCCCGUGGUCCUAGCGACGCCCACCCUUCGGUUGUCGACAUGGCCCGGUCUCUACGCGUCCGCAGUCCUAGCAUGAUGUUGAGCGAGAGCAACCUGCGUCGCAUGAAUCAAAUCAACAUGCGUGAGUCUAUCAGCGUACCCAAGAACCGUUGGCCUUCUCCCAAGGUGGUUGCUGACAACUUUGUGAUUGCAGAAUAAGUCCCAUUGAAUUGUGCCGUGGACAACCUGUCUUGUCUAGUUAAAUUACCGAUGCCCCAAUUGUUUGUUUCCCACGCCCUACUUUACUAUGCGUCCACUUUGUUGUUGUUGUUGUUGUUGUUGUUGUUGUUGUUGUUGUUGUUGUCGUGCAGACCCUUUUUGUUGAUGUGGUCCAACCUUGGAUAUUGCUGUGCGUUUGUUCUUCUCUAAGCGGCUUGUGUUUUAUUGGCAUGAAUAUGAAAAACUUUGCUUUCAAUUGAGCUUGACCACGUC